AUGCCUGAUUACCACCCGCUACGGGCGGUUUCUCCAUACAAGAUCGAUGGAGGAUCUAGAUCGAGCAACCAGUGUGUGGACGCCACGCCUCACGGCCACCCGGAGCGAGUUUGGUAUCUAAGCAACCUUGGAUUUACACUCGACUUGAGGUUUGAGCAACUGAACGUAAAGGACGACUGGGAUCGACUGCUGUCAUGCUAUAUCGCAGGCUGGGAUUGCAUUACCGGUCCCCCCUCUGUACGCAUUCGAUCAGCACAGAAUGCCGCCAAUCUUCUUAUAAAGCAGCAAGAUUGGGAAUUGUCCUACCAGCUACUGCAUGGUGCCACAUCCCUCCUCCCUACUAUGAGUCCACGGUCACUUAAUCACACUGAUACACAAGCCUUGCUUAGCGAUAUGUUUGGCUUAGCUUCAUCAGCCGCUGCUGUGGCGCUGCAUGUGGGAAAGACUCCAGGUGAUGCUCUCCGCCUUCUGGAACUCGGCCGUGGUGUUACCGCGAGUCUUCUCAUGGACAUGCGCGGUGAUAUCACGGAACUUCAAUCAAAACAUCCUGAUCUAGCGGAAAGGUUCAGUCACCUUCGGGGAGAGUUAGAUUCGCCUGCUCAUAACGCAUCUGUGGGUAUCCCUGAUAAACUGUCUUCCUGGGAAUCCCAGAUGAAGCGACGCCGUGAAGCAGACGAAGAGUUUAACAAAAUCAUUGAUGAAAUCCAGACACAACCGGGAUUCUCCCAAUUUCUACAGUCGCCGGCUAUAGACGACCUAAUGAGUGCGGCAGAUAGGGGCCCUAUUAUUGUGGUUAAUGUAACCUACUUCCGUGGCGAUGCGUUUCUCAUUCGGUCCAACGCAGUCCAAGCGAUACAAUUGCCAGGAAUAACGAAAGACGAGUUUUUAAAGCAUAUUAGUGAUGUGUGA